AGGAUUUAAAUCCUUUAUCAGAUGCGUGUUCUGUAAAUAUGGGACCUGGCGGCGAGCUGGGAUCCCCUGAAACCAGAGCGGGCGGCCCUCAGAAGCACCCCGCUCCUCGCCUGCCUCCCUGCUGGGGGUGAGGCUCUCUCUCGGGCCCUGUAGGCCCCUCCACGCCGGAGCCCUUGGCAGCGCUGGCCUUGCCUGGGCCGCCCGCCCCCGAUCAGAGGUAUCGUGUGCCCCAAGGCCAGCAGGUGGUCCUCCUGUGGAGGACGCUGUCUGCCUGCACAGGAGAGGUCACGUGGGAGGCCUGGCCAGUGAGCCCCCACCAGCCCUGGGUGCCGCUCUGGCGACACUCGUGCCCGCGUGCUUAUGCAACCUUUGAUAAGACACUUGUGACGCCAUAAUCCACCCUAAGCGGGGCUCAGCUCCGCCCUCUAGACCAGCCCGCUGGAGACCUGGUGCGUGGCAGUGGGGCCUAGAGUGAGGGGUCACCCAGGCCUCUGAUGUCCCCUCCGUCAUAGCUGGGCUGACCCAUGGUGACUCCACUCUUGUGUGCGGUGUGGGGGCGAGGUAUGAACAAGUGAGGACUUUGGGGACCCAGACCCUGAGUAGGCCGUGAGCUAGAGCACCCCCAUGUGCCCGGGCCCCAGCCAGUCUAGAGGUGGACGGAGGCCAGGAUGAGGUCCCUGCUUGGUCCUCAGCGACUGGCUGGCAGGUGUGGAUCGGGAGAGGGGAGAGGUGAGAGGUGAGAGUCCGCCUCUCUGGAGCCCUCCAGGAAAUGACCCCUGGGGCUGGUGGGGGACCUUGGGUGAUUGUGCAGGACAGUGAACGAUGGGGGCUGUAUUUCCAGAGCCAAGUGCAUCUGCUGCCCCACGGCCCCUCGGCUAAGCCCACUGGUGGGCUGGGCUAUGAAGCCUGGCCUCCUGGGGCUGGGAUUCCUGUGCUGGGAGCUGGGCGGCAGGCAUGGCCUUGAAGUGCGUCCUGCUGGGCCAGGUCCUGCUACUCCUCUGGGUGUCCGUGGCUGGGGCUGAGGUUCUGCUGCAGCCAGAUUUUGAUGCCAAGAAGUUCUCAGGCGUCUGGUACGUGGUCUCCGUGGUCUCCGACUGCAAGGUCUUCCUGGGCAAGAAGGACCACCUGCUGAUGCCCACUAGGACCAUCGAGGCCAUGGCGGGUGGCAACCUCAGUGUCCACAUGCAGUUCCCUCGGGCUGACGGCUGUCACCUGCUGGACGCCGAGUACCUGAGGGCGGGCUCCGAGGGCCACUUCAGAGUUCCAGCCCUGGGCUACCUGGACGUGUGCAUCGCGGACACAGACUACAGCUCGUUCGCUGUGGUCUACAUCUACAAGGAACUGGAGGGAGCCCUCAGCACCAUGGUGCAGCUCUACAACCGGACCCAGGAAGCAAGUCCCCAAGCUGUGAAGACCUUCCGGGACUUCUACCCCACAGUGGGGCUUGAGGAUGACAUGAUGGUCAUGGUGCCCAAGUCAGAUGCGUGCUCCUCUGGGGACAAGGAAGCUCCCUGACACCUGUGGAGACCCACCUCGGCCCUUCGCAGGGCCAGCUGGAGCAGCAGACCUUGUCGUCCCGAGUUGUCCGGACCCACCGUCCUCCUGGGUCACCCCCUCCUCCCCAACCCUGGGCCUCCCUCUUCCCCUCAAUAAACAUAUUCUGCAGUC